UCUCUCUCUCAAAAAGUCUGGAGAGAGGAAUAAAAAAAAAAAAAAACAAAGAAGAGGAAAUCCAUAGAGAGAAUCAGGUGAUGGUCGUCUUUGCCAAUUUCCUUUCAAUUUUUAAUCUUUCCUCUCCAGAAUUUUCCUUCAUAUCUUUUUUUCUUUCUUUCUUUUUCAUCGAAUGUAAUCAUUUCACGAGUUUUUAGAGAUUCCAAAGAUCUCUGAAACCAAAAAUCUUCUAUCUUGUCUUCCCCUUCUAUCUUUCUUCUUCAAAACAGGUCUCUCUGUUUCCUUAUUGUCUGUUCUUCAAUAUCUUCUUUCUGGGUUCUUUGAUUAAGCUUGGUUUCUUGAUUAAUUAACGAUUUCUGUUGGCGUUUUGAUCCCUGCGUUUUUUCUUAAUAUUUAUGAGUGGAGGCAUUUCUUGAUCAUCUUAUCUAUUCCCAAAUUUUUCAAUUUUUUAUGCUACUUCGUUUUUUAAUCUUUAUCGGAACAUUUCUUUGCGUCCAGCUAAUAUUUCAUGCCUGUAACUUUAUAGGUCUCUGUUUCUUUUCUUCCAAGUUUUCUCUGUUUUUUCAGGAAUUUUUGCAGAUGGGUUGUGCAAGCUCAAAACAAAAGCGUUGCCGGCGUUGCCGGCGCAGCCACGUACCCCAUUCUCCGAUGCCACGGAGCUACUCAAUGCAUUUGGUUCAUCCGCGGCAGGAGAAAGGCAAUAACUACCAUUUGGUGGCUCUCACUUCCACCACAUCAAGCUCUCUGCCGCUCAAUUCACCAUCCAAUUGCAAGAACCACAUCAAUUUUGCUGCUGAUAUUUUAACAGCAAAAGGCAAUGAUGAAGAGAAUAAGAAUUUGCGUGAUGGGCAACUUGGGAUUUCAAAUAAUAAGGAAUUGAAGAGCAAGGAAUUUUCAAUGGGUUUAAUCAAAGCCAAGGCUUGGUCUAAUACAAUCCAAGAAAAAAUUCCCAAAAUUGUCCCAAGAACACCUGUUAGAACGCCGCCUGGAGAGCCUGAAACCAUCAAUGCUUGGGAGUUGAUGGCGGGUCUUGAAGAAGAUGAUGAUUCUGCUAAUAAAUCUAAUCGGUUUCGCAGUCUCUCUUUCGAUUGUUCUAGCGAUCCAGCCCCAGUUUCUGAUUGCCCUCAAUUGAAUGGCACCACGCCAAACAAGUCUCAAACUAAUUGCAAAUCACUCUGGCUUCAAAUAGCAGAUGAAGAAGCAAAUUCCAAGUCUAUCCCAGAAUUCGACCCUGAAAUCAUUUCCACUUUCAGAAAAGCUCUCGAGGAUCUCUCUCCCACUCAUCCAUUUCACCUCAAUCCACCGGACUCCGAGAAACAACCAACGCCUUCUCCUCCCUCAGCCGGCGACAAUGAUAUUAUGAAGGAUUUCUGUAAAGGAGAGAACGAGAAGGAGAAGGUGGUGCUGUACUUUACAAGCCUACGAGGGAUUCGCAAAACCCACGAAGAUUGCUGCCAUGUGAGGAUAAUCUUAAAAGGCUUAGGUGUUCGAACUGAUGAACGAGACGUAUCAAUGCAUUCAGGGUACAAGGAGGAGUUGAAAGAAUUACUGGGGGCAAGGUUUCGAGAAGGAGGACUGCCCAAGGUGUUUUUAGGAAGAAAAUACAUCGGCGGAGCUGACGAGAUACGGCAGCUGCAUGAAGAAGGGCAGCUGGAGAAACUGCUUAAAGGGUGUGGCUGUGAAAUGGCGGAGGCCAUUGGAGGUGGAGCUUGUGAAGCUUGUGGGGAUGUGAGGUUUGUGCCAUGUGAGACGUGCUUUGGGAGUUGUAAGUUAUACUAUGAACGUGACGACGACCUAGAAGAGGAAGAAGAAGAAGAAGAAGAAGAAUAUGACGAUGAUGAUUAUGGGUUUCAACGUUGCCCUGAUUGUAAUGAGAAUGGACUAAUACGUUGCCCAGUUUGUUGUUACUGAUUUUUUCUCCGCUGCCGGAAAAUUUAGACAUCGGAACUUCAAUUGAUAUCUGUUUUAUUAUGGAUUCAAUACAUAAUUAUGUAAAUUUUAUGUAUUUAAUAGUAAAUUUUGUUAUAUAUAUAUAUUUUUUGUGUUUUGAAUUCAUUAUAGAUAGAAUUUAAACAAGAGAAAUCUUGUCUUUAGUUUGUGUUGUAUUUUUUGAGGGUGGGGGA